AUGACGACGGCCGAAGCAGCGGGCGAGCAAGACGCGGCACCGGUCGCUGAGGUCGGCGCCUCUUUUGCCGGUGAUGCCGACGCAGACGCGGCGGGAGACGCAAACGUCAACGUGCCGCAGAUUGCACCACUGGCCAAGUACAAGCUCGUGUUUCUGGGAGAUCAGGGCGUGGGCAAGACGUCGAUGAUCACACGCUUCAUGUACGACACGUUCGACAACGCGUACCAGGCGACCAUCGGGAUCGACUUCCUGUCCAAGACCAUGUACAUGGAGGACCGUACGGUGCGACUGCAGCUUUGGGACACGGCCGGACAAGAACGCUUUCGAAGUCUCAUUCCAAGCUACAUCCGCGACUCUUCAGUGGCAGUCGUGGUCUAUGACAUUACAAACCGCGCGUCGUUUCUAAAUACAGGCAAGUGGAUCGAAGAUGUGCGCACGGAGCGUGGACAGGACGUGGUCAUUAUGCUUGUUGGCAACAAGACGGAUGUCUCCGAUCGACGCCAAGUGUCCGUCGAGGAUGGUUCCGAUAAGGCGAAGGAGCAAGACGUCAUGUUCAUCGAGACGAGCGCCAAAGCUGGCUACAACAUCAAGGCGCUCUUUCGUAAACUAGCGACGGUGUUGCCUGGCAUGGAGAACACCAUGAUUAGUGGAGACUCCAAUUUGAUUGAUAUUAAGUUGACAGCCGCACCACCUCCAAAGGAUAAAGCUACAGAGCAGUGCAGUUGCUGA